GUCUCCAAUUCCAAGCAAAUUCUGGAGAGAGCUGAGAAUGAUGAAGGCUUCUAGAGUAGUCAUCGUUUUUUCUUUGCUAACCCUCCUCUUGAUCUCCAACGUGUCUCGAGCUGCUCGGCCGGCGCCGGCUGGUGGCGAUGCGUCGGGAACUCGACCUGAGGGUGUUGAUCGUGAAGCAGAGAAGGUGGAGGCGGAGCAGAGCUGUGAAGGAGUUGGAGAAGAUGAGUGCCUGAUGAGAAGAACCCUCGAAGCUCACCUCGAUUACAUCUACACUCAGAAGCAAAAACCCUGAUGAACACACACACACAAAGAACACCCUCAUUUAGUUGGAUCAUUCCCUAUUCUUGUUCAUCAUUUGUGCUUUCGUUCGAUGUGAUUCUGCAGGAUUUUGUAUCUAGAUUCAAUACGGAUGGCCUAGGCUCUGUCAAAUGUCCUUGCUUUGCUCUGUUUUGGGUGGAACAUUGGUCAGGUUCUGGUCCUGGAUAGAGAGCUUGAGUUCUCGCGGGGAUCUUGUAAACUAUUACUGAUAUCACACCACAUGAUGUAUUCAUUACCUUAGCCUCCUCAA